AUGGAAACAACGAGCGCGUGGGUUCUUAGACAGGCCGCGUUGACCGUCGCAAUCGUUGUGGGAUACCACCUGCUAUAUCAGUUCUUCACGAAACGCGCGGGGAACGACGAUGGACAGGGCAGCGGGAUGCAACGCGACGCGGAAGGCGGCGAGGUGCCAGAGGACUGCCCAGGCGUAGACAACCCAGAAGCCGGCACUAAAAGCACAUGCCAGGGCUGUCCAAACCAAGCGAAAUGUGCCUCGGGCGAGCUGAAGCAGGAAAACGACAAGAUGAUAGAAAGUGUCGCGGCGAACCUCGGCGAAGUCAAAAAGGUUGUGCUCGUCAUGUCGGGAAAAGGAGGCGUGGGCAAGAGCACGGUGUCCACACAGCUUGCGUACAUGCUCAGUAGACGUGGGCACCACGUGGGACUGCUAGAUAUCGACCUCACGGGGCCCUCGGUACCGGGCAUGACGAACACUGAAAAUGCCGAGGUGUUUGAAAGCGCCCGUGGGUGGACGCCCGUGUACGUGUCUGACAGACUCUCAGUCAUGUCGAUAGGGCACAUGCUCAGGAACUCCAGAGAGUCUAUCAUUUGGCGCGGGCCCAAAAAGGACAGCCUCAUCAAGCAGUUUCUCAUAGGAGUGGACUGGGGACGGCUGGACUACCUGGUGGUCGACUGCCCACCGGGAUCCAGCGACGAACACAUCACCAUUUGCAACCUGCUCAAGGGAAUGGAUACGUUGGCGGUACUAGUCACGACUCCGCAACAGAGGUGCGUGGACGACGUGUACCGAUCGGCGGCCUUCUGCGAAAAGGCAGGCAUCAGAAUCGCAGCAUUGGUGCAAAACAUGACGCAGUCAGUGUUCGACAUCACUAAACCCGAGGUUGUGGGCGAACUUUGCCAACGAUUUGGCAUUCUCAAUGUGCUGCGCAUACCCAUGCAACCGGAAAUCGUCGCCGCUGGCGAGGAGGGGAGACCAAUGGAGGAUUUCACAUAUAUAGAGCACCUAGAAAAGUACCUAGGUGAUGAUAAAUGA